GCUUUACAGCGGUGUGGAGCGAAACCCCCGAGCUCUUCGGGAACCCAGCACGUCUCGAUGCCAAGUCACUCGUCUCUGCUCCAGCCCCUCUCUUUGUGCACCUCUGUGAUCACAAGGCAGGACUCCAAUUAGAAGCGAAUUCCGACAUCGACGGCGAUAUUAAGAUCGUGUUGCCCCGUCGCUUUUGAAAUGUUUUUAAGCGUCUAACUCAUUCUUGAAAGAUGUUUCAACACAAAUCUGUCACAGCAGUAACGCGUUUCAUCGUAGCCAAUUCGGAUCUACUCUUUAUCGAGUCUCUCUGCAGCACCGCAGAGUCAACGGAAUACAUCACUCGUUUUAAAUAUUAGUUCCUCAGAAAAUGCUGUAAUUCGCAGGAGACUGCGUUCUGGGCGGUGUGUUUUUUUUUUUUUUUAGCAUGGUCUGAGUUUAAAAGUCCGAAAACAAAAGCUUCGUCUUUCAUUGAAAAAGAGGAACCUCGGAGAUACGUCCCUCCUCACCCCGCCCAUAACAGACUGCGCACAAAAAGUUUCUCCCGGGGCUGCGCUUUCAAAAGCAGCUGUAGAGGCAGCUAGGAACCGGGUCCACGGCGCGGCUCAUACUGACAGAGGACUCGUGUUUUCUGAGCUACGCGAACUUUCCCCGCCAGGAAAGAGCUUAGUGUUAUUUGCUAACCGGGAGUCCAACAUGAAGAACAUGACUUUCAGGAGGCUAAAGAAAGUCAACUCCAGCGACCCAGGGCGCUUGCCUUCGCACCACGACAGCGGCGACGUCUACCAGUCGUCCGCCUCGGACACCUACGGAACGGUGGAAAAGUGCAAAAACGCUUCGGACGUUUACAAUUACAAGACGCUGGCUUACUCCGGAGGAACACUGCCCAGGAAUUUUAAAAAGGGCGUGCCGCUGAAGUGGAAAUCCCUAACUCAGUCUCCCGAGCAACAGAGGAAGAUUGUUAUCCUAGAGAAGGAGGACCAGGAGACCUUUGGCUUUGAAAUCCAGACGUAUGGACUCCAUCACCAGAAUCUCAACUCGGUGGAGAUGUGCACCUUUGUGUGCAAGGUGUACGUGGACAGUCCUGCGUAUCAUGCCGGCCUCAAAGUUGGAGACACCAUUUCAUCUGUGAACGAUGUGAGCGUGGAGGGCUUUCGACACAAGGAGAUUGUUCAGCUUAUCAGGUCAUCGGGGAACACUAUCAGGUUGGAGACUGUGUACGGCGACUCCAUCCGAAAGGCAGAACUGGAGACCAGACUGCAGUACCUGAAGCAAACGCUACAUGAGAAGUGGGAUGAGUACCGGUCACUGAUGCUUCAGGAGCAGAGGCUGGUUCAUGGCAUCGUGAUGAACGACCCCGCCGUGUACGAGACCCUGGAGUCGGUUCACACCUACAUCUACGGCAGCAGCUCCGCGGCCCCCAGCCCGGCCUCCCACCGGCAGAUCUACUCCACGGGCAGCACCUGCAGCAGCGCCAGCUACCUGAGCGCCGCCACCGAGGGCAUCGAGGACCCCCUCUACCAGACCUGCCUGGACGUGGGCGACGCCGGCAGCUCGGGGCAGGUGGGACAGAACGGGGCCCAGAGCGUCAGGCUCGGCGGCGGCGACUUCCUCCCCCCGGCCAAGACGCAGCUCACCCGCAGCGCCAGCACCCGCAGCUACCAGAGAGGUGCAGGCGGCAGCUGGGACAGAUCGGGCAGCGGGCAGGGCAGCUGCGGGUCCUUACCACGCAAGCCCAAGCAGAAGAGCUUCCGAAGAAGGCUCCUCAAGUUCAUCCCGGGACUGAACCGCUCGCUGGAGGAAGAGGAGAGCAAGUUAUAACCCCCCAGCGGCUUUUCAAUGUAUAUAUUUUAUUUGUAUUCUUUUCUAAGUUAUUUAUUUAUUUUUGUUAUUCCUGGUUUAUUAAUUUU